AUGGCCAGUGCGGACCAACUCACUGAGGAUACCGUUCUUUGGAUUGAAACCAAGAUGGCUACGGAAGACGCUUCAUACCUGCGACAAGAUACUUCAAGCAUUCUCUGA